AUGUCGAAGAAAGACUGUACGCUGACGACGAAUACGACCAGCGGCGAAGAUGAGUCCAAGCAUCGUGACCUGUCCACCGAGAAAACCACCUAUGAAGACGAAAAGCUGCCCGACAUCCACUUUGGCGACCCACUGACCAAGGAUUUCCUCAAGCUCGGGUACUACCACGGACUUCUGCCCCGCGACGAUGUCAACUCUCUGUUGACGUCAUCUGGAUCGUACUUGGUUCGACUGUCUCCAGAAGACGAUGCCGGAAAGCCACAGAUCGUUCUGUCGGUCAACACUGAGGGGCAGGUGGGUUGGGCUGGUCUGUAGAGGUUUUAUAUUGUAGUAACAUCAGCAUAAGCAAUGGUUGAUACCGUAGGUUCAGUUACUGUGUGAUGUUAAUAGUCUUACUGAGUAGUUUAAAGUUUCAACUUGUAUGUUUUCAGACAGCCCACUUCGUCGUCCAACGGAGCGGACUGUCCUACUUCUUGGAGCCGAACAAAAUGUUUGGCAUCUUCGAGCAGCUGAUCCUGCACUACGAGUCCCACAAGACCGAGUUCCUUGGUACGAAGUUGACAGUGGCAGUGGGUCGGCAGAAGUGGCAGACCCACCACAAGGACAUUAUACUGGAAAGGAAGGUGGGCAGUGGCAACUUCGGACUGGUGUUCUACGCCAAGCUCAAGACCAAAAAGGAGGAAUCCAAGGUGGCAGUCAAGAUAUGCAAGGACCAGUUGACCAAAGUACUGAUCAAGGAAAUGAUGGAUGAGGUAGAUGUAUUAUUAUACAGGGACGUCGUUUGGGGGGGGUGGUUCGGGGUGACUCCCCCCCCCCAGAGCCGAUCCGAAAAAAAAUCGUACCUGUACGCGGAAAAACGAAAAAAAAUUUUGAAAAAUCGGUCCACAGGUAGCUACAAAAAAAUUUUUCGACCUCCCUCCCCCCAGAGAAAAACCGUAGCGACGUCCCUGUUAUUAUAUAUGACAGUUUUAUUACAAAAGGCUAUUAUUCAUACGACUAAAAUACGUUUUACAGACCAUAGUAAUGUAAAAAUAACUUUAGGCCAGGAUAAUGAGAAGCCUGGACCAUGUGAACGUAGUCAAGUUCCUGGGAGUCGCCGUUGAUCAUGCUCCUGUGAUGAUAAUCAUGAAGUACGUGGAAGGCGGUUCUCUCCAAGACUACCUCAGGAAGAACAGCGAUCAGAUCGGCCCAAAUGAAAAGCUGGACAUCAUGGCAUUGGGAGCAGCUCGUGGCCUAGCCUACGUUCACUCCCAAAAUAUUAUACACAGGGAUAUCGCGGCCAGAAACCUACUCAUUAGCAUUGACAAGAACAAGGUAAUUUUAAAAGAACAUGACGUUUCAGACAUUACAGUAUAGUAUAACACUUUGAUGACUAUUCGAGACUAAAAUCACUAAUUUAACCUAAUAAUGCCGUUUUAGGUGCUCCUGACGGACUUCGGGUUAAGCAGGGAAGGUGCUGAGUACAAGAUCAGUGAGAACACCAAGAUCCCCUUCAGGCAUUUGUCCCCGGAGACCCUAUCGACCUACAGGUACACCACAAAGACGGACGUCUACUCCUUUGGAGUGCUGGUGUGGGAGAUCUUCACGGAUGGGAUGGAGCCGUACCCUGAGAAGAAAAUGGCAGAGGUCAGGUUCAUGGUAAGUUAAUAUAAAUUUGGAAAGAAGCCUUCUGAAUAAACCUCUGAUCUAUCUUGUUUUAGGUGGCAGAAAAAGGACAUCGACUCGAAUUCCCUCCCACAACUCCCAAAAGAAUCACGGCCACGGUGAAGUCUCAUUGCUGGGAUGUAGACCCGGCCAAGCGAAAGACUAUGGAUCAGGUAACUAGACUUUGAAUUAAACUCGAAUAAAAUUAUAAGACAAGUUUUUCAUAUAAAGGUACAAGAUGACUAAUUUCAGAUAAUAUCUCGCCUGGAAAGAGUAUCGCGCUACUUGAGGAAGCUGGAGCAAUCCCAAGGUACGAUCGAAGCCGCCGGUUCUGAUGGGGAAGCUCUCAGCGCCCACCCAGGAUCCCUGCCCAGCCCCAAACCCAGGAAAAAGGGAUCCAGCUCGGCGAAGAAGAAGUCCUCUAAGAACCUCUCCUCCUCGUCUAACUCAAAGUCUGGCAGCAACAAAAAGAAAUAA